CUAUACUUCCCCUCUGUGUGUGAAAAUAUAAAAACCCCUUUUGCGUAUACAAAUAUAUUAUCGAUUUACAAGGAUGUUGCAACAGCUAGUUUUGUAAAAGAGCAUGAGUUUUCAAGAAGUCCCAACAGAUUUGACAACCAUACCAAACCAACCUUAGAUGCAUCCCUCUCCUCUUCUUCCCUGUUUCUUUAAGCAAUUUUCACAUACCCAUCUCUCUCUAUUUUCUAUUUAUCAAUUUCCCCUUUCGAUUCCAAAACCUAAUUUGCAAGAAAGGGUCUUCUUCCAAUCCAACAACUACUUCGUCUAAUGACAUUCCAACUAUCUCUUCGCCCAUUUAAGUAAAUAAAACGUUGUGGUUUUCUCUCAUUACCCAAAACAAAAAACUCUCGAGUUGCACUUCUUGUUUGUAGAUUUGAAGGAUUAUUGAAGAUACCCAAGACUAAAGAUGAGGAAUCGGAGUUGGGGUUUUAUUUUGCUGGUUUUGUCUGCUAUCGUGUUGAAUCUUGAUGCUUUUGAGCUUCGUAAAGGUCAAAAAACCGAGAGAAUUUCAGGUAGUGCAGGGGAUGUAUUGGAAGAUGAUCCAGUUGGAAGGUUAAAAGUGUUUGUUUAUGAGCUUCCAAGUAAAUACAACAAGAAAAUAUUACAAAAAGACCCUCGAUGUCUCAACCACAUGUUUGCAGCUGAAAUUUACAUGCACAGAUUCCUGUUAUCAAGCCCUGUUAGAACCCUAAAUCCAGAAGAAGCCGAUUGGUUUUACACCCCUGUUUACACCACUUGUGACCUAACACCAAAUGGCCUCCCUUUACCUUUCAAAUCACCUCGUAUGAUGAGAAGUGCAAUUCAACUUAUAUCCUCCAAUUGGCCUUAUUGGAAUAGAACCGAAGGAGCUGAUCAUUUCUUCAUUGUCCCACAUGAUUUUGGUGCUUGUUUUCAUUAUCAAGAAGAAAAGGCGAUUGAAAGAGGAAUUCUUCCUCUUCUUCAAAGGGCUACUUUGGUUCAAACAUUUGGUCAAAGGAAUCAUGUUUGUUUGAAAGAGGGUUCGAUCACAGUUCCCCCUUAUGCCCCUCCACAAAAGAUGCAGUCUCAUUUGAUCCCUCCAAGUAUUCCAAGAUCCAUUUUUGUUUACUUUAGAGGCUUGUUUUAUGAUGUAGGAAAUGACCCUGAAGGUGGUUAUUAUGCAAGAGGAGCAAGAGCAGCAGUGUGGGAAAACUUCAAAGACAAUCCUCUUUUUGACAUCUCAACAGAACAUCCAACAACAUACUAUGAAGACAUGCAAAGAGCUGUUUUUUGCUUAUGUCCACUUGGGUGGGCCCCAUGGAGUCCAAGACUAGUUGAAGCAGUUAUCUUCGGUUGCAUUCCAGUUAUCAUAGCAGAUGACAUUGUCUUACCUUUUGCUGAUGCGAUUCCAUGGGAAGACAUUGGUGUGUAUGUGGAUGAAAAAGAUGUUCCAAAUUUGGACACCAUUUUGACAUCAAUUCCAACAGAAGUGAUAUUGAGGAAACAGAGAUUGCUUGCUAAUCCUUCAAUGAAACAGGCCAUGUUGUUCCCUCAUCCUGCUCAAUCAGGUGAUGCUUUUCAUCAGAUCUUGAAUGGGCUUGCACGUAAGUUGCCUCAUGAUAAGAGUGUUUAUUUGAGGAAAGGGGAGAAGGUCUUGAAUUGGACUGCAGGUCCUUUAGCUGAUCUUAAGCCUUGGUAGAUUUCAAAAUGUCUGUUGUUAAAAGAAAUCAUGGGCUGAAAUCUUGACUGUUGUAUUUCAAAAGUUAUAGAAUUUUUGGGGAUUUUUUGUUGGGUUUUUUACACUGUAGUUGAUCUUGAAGGGAAUGGAUGAUUAUUAAAUCUUAUGGACUUUUGCACUC